AAGAAAUCUCCUGCCAAACCUCCCCCAAGAAAGGGGAAACGUUCAAGUCAGAGGAUAAAGAGGGUCCUCAACAGCAAUAGGCCAGAAAGAGCAUCCUCUGCAAAGCCUAUCACCCUUACUGACAAGGAGGAGGAGAGUGAAGACAAUGAGCCUUUAGCAAAAAGGCUGAAGGCUGGCAGAAUGUCAGCAACCAAACCAGCUGCCAAGGAGAUGUCCCCAAGCAGCUCAGACUCUACAUUUUCUGACAUUCCGUCCCCACCACCUGCUCACUCUCCACCACAACAAAUCACCCCACAACCCUCUCCUAGGAAACAACAAGGAGAGGGACAGAAAGACAAAGAAGCAGCAUCUGCUACAGAGACAUCAGUGGCUGAGCAAGAGGAUGAAGCUCUUGCCAGAGCUUUGGCAGAAGAAAAAGGGAUGGCAAUUCCUCCACUGAUGAAGGAACAAGCUGCGACCAUGCCCUCAUCAUCCAGACCACAAGUGGAUGAACCCAGCACAGCACCCGUUGUGCCUUCUGCUGUUGGCAAUAGCCAGCAGAAGAAGCAACCUACUUCCUCCCCUACUGCAGCAAUCCCCAUCGCAGCUAGAAGAAAAUCACAAAUUGGGAUUGCUGAAAUCUUUGAAAUGCUGGGGGAGAAAUUAGAAAAAUAG